UCCGAAAUAUACAUCCUGGUCACUCUUCACUGCCCCCACUUUCUUCGAUUUCUGAAAUACCUAACAAAACAAACAGUUCCAGAAACAAUCAUUAAACUCCCCAGCUAUGUUUUUGUUCCACACACAUCAAACUCCACUCUCUAACCUCAAUUUCGAAUUAAAGUUUCCUCCUUUUACUGCUCCAAUCUCCCCUCUUUGAUCUCACUUGCACGAGAUGCUCAAAACCUCCACUUUUCCAGUCUGUCACUUUGGUUCAAUUUCUUAAGAAAGCAAAUCAUUUAAAAUUCGCUUUGAGGGCUGUCAUGCUGAAUGUUGUUGCCAACCAGUGGAAUAGUAGGGAUGAAUUCUGUAAUGGAUGAUAUGGCUUUGAUUCAGCAAAGUCAGAGACAUAAUUUGGUUGUGAGAGAACUUGGUGAGGAGAUUGAUUUAGAAAUUGGACCUGGGGAUGAUGACCCUUCGUUUGGUAAUGCUACUCUAAUUGGUGCACCAAUGCGGGAAUCUUCCGCAGAAGAACAUGGUGAGAGCAAGCAGAUGGGGAUGGUUUCUCAACUUUCUAAUGAUGCUCAAGAUAUGUCCAAGAACCAGCAAGUGAAAAGGAAGAAAAAGGUUGUUAAAAGAUGGAGAGAAGAAUGGGCGGACACCUAUAAAUGGGCUUUUGUAGAUAUGAAGGAUGGGACACCUAGGAUUUUCUGCUCUGUCUGCAGGGAGUAUGGGCGAAAGCAUAGAAGAAAUCCUUAUGGGAAUGAGGGCAGUCGUAAUAUGCAAAUGAGUGCUCUGGAAGAACACAAUAACAGUUUGCUUCACAAAGAGGCUCUUCGUCUUCAAAUGGCCUCCAAAGAUAAAAUUGUGGUUGACAAGCCUGUUUACGUAAAAGCAGGAUCAAUACUUGAAGCUACACUAAAAAGGGAUCCUCAUGAGUUUGAAUUCAUUCAGGCAGUCCAGGAAGCAGUUCAAGCCCUUGAAAGAGUCAUAGCAAAAAAUUCUCGAUAUGUUAAUAUAAUGGAGCGCUUGUUGGAACCUGAACGGAUGAUUGUUUUUCGAGUAUCAUGGGUGGAUGAUAGGGGUGAGACACAUGUAAAUCGAGGCUUUAGGGUACAAUUUAACCAGUCGAUGGGUCCAUGUAGGGGAGACUUUAAAGAAUGCCUUAUCGCCAUACAAAUUAGGAGGAGCAGCUGGUGGAAGUGACUUUGAUCCAAAAGGAAAAAGUGAUAAUGAGAUUAUGCGAUUUUGCCAAAGUUUCAUGAGUGAGAUGUAUCGCUACCUAGGGCCUGACAAGGAUCUUCCAUCAGAGGAAAUGGGUGUUGGUACUCGAGAAAUGGGAUAUCUUUUUGGAC